GUCAAAACAGCAUCGUCGCCUCAUUAUCCAUUUCAUUAUUACAUCGUUGUUCUUUAAUUACGGCGUCGCCCUACCCGUCCCGUCCUCCGCUUCUACACUUCAGCCAUGGAUCUCCAAGGACGCUCCCCCAGCCCAGAGCAGCAAGGCGUAAAAUUCCCCAGGUUUGGUCCCGAUGGGCAGCCUCUGAAAGCGGUCAUCAAAAACGUAGACAUGUCAGAAGAGAUGCAGCAAAAGGCGGUCGAAACAGUGUUUGAAUCAUUUGACCGAUACGAUCAGGAGAAAGACAUGGCGAUGUAUGUCAAAAAGCAAUUCGAUCGGUUGUAUGGGACCACCUGGCAUUGUGUUGUUGGCAAGAACUUUGGAAGUUUCGUCACUCACGAGUCCAAGAAUUUCAUUUAUUUCUACCUAGGUCGCGUUGCUAUUCUCCUCUGGAAAACGACAUAACCGACUUGCUUUCAUCCCUUAAAAAGUCUAUCAGCAAUACCCACUGGGCAUUGGGCUUUGCACUGCCGUAAUCUUACCCGGAAACGUAUCGUUCAACUGUUUCUACCGGUUCAUGUAGUCUACUAUUAUCUCGCAUACCUUUCAUAUAGAUAUCCCUGAUUCGUAUUGGCAUACCAUGCAUAUAGCUGCCUUGGCUAUUACCCUG